AUGGAGAAGAUUGACGAUACUGGCAUAAUGGGCGAUGCGUCGCUUGGGAACGACUCUGCGACGGAGGGCGAGAUUGAGGCUGCGAGACCGAAGGAGCAGAUCGAGAGUGAGACUGAUGAGCUGGAUUGGGAUAACAGUCCUCAUAAUCCUUUCAAUUGGCCAGCAUGGAAGAAAGCCCUCCAAGUCGUGAUGCUAUCCUCAGCAGGUCUUCUAUCGCAAGUCCACCCCAUCCCAAUCGCCCUCCUGCCUCUGACACUCUACGUCCUGGCCCUCGGCUUCGGGCCUGUAAUCGGCGGUCCGUUAUCAGAAACUAUAGGCCGCUAUCCUAUCUACGCAGCGAGUAUUCCUCUUGGCGCACUGUUCACUAUGGGCGCGGGCUUCGUGCACAACAUCGGAGGGUUAAGCUUUCUGAGAUUCAUGGCGGGUUUAUGCUGGGCGCCUGUUUUGGCUGUUGCGCCGGGGACGUUGUCGGAGACGUUCACGCCGAAGAACAGAGGGCCUGUUUCAGCAGUUUUCAUCCUCAUGCCGUUUUUGGGCCCAGGAUUGGGACCGGUCAUAGGCUCCUUUGUGGUGAAUCGAAAGGGCUGGCGAUGGACGCAGUGGACGUUGGUCUUCUUUUCGAUACUGGCUAUGAUCAUCACUGCGUUCUCACACGAGACAUUUCAUCCGGUUAUCAAGCGACGACUUAUGAAGAAGAGGGGAAUGAAGGUUGAUCCUCCGCCGCCGAUGGCUGCUCGACUCAAGAUGUUUGCCCUCGUGGCAGUUGUCAGACCUAUUCGCAUGCUUCUGCUGGAGCCUAUCACUGGAUUCAUCUGUCUAUACGUUGCAGCAGAAUUUGGAACACUCUUCAGUUUCUUCGCCGCCGUGCCGUAUACAUUUGGACGAGUCUACCAGUUCUCCAUCGAAGAGUCAGGUCUUGUCUUCCUGUCCAUCGUCAUCGGCUGCUUUCUAGGACUCAUCACCGUUAUUCUCUGCGAUGUGUUCCUGUAUAGAAAACAAGCGCCGAAAUACCCCCCUCACCAGAUCCCACCUGAGCAUCGUCUUUACCCCUCCAUGAUUGGAAGUAUCGGAUUGCCAAUUGGAUUGUUCUGGUUUGCGUGGACGGCACGACCGGGUGUUUCUUGGGCAAGUCCCGCAGCAUCGAUGAUCAUCUUUGCCUGGGGAAACCUAUGUGUGUUUGUUAGCACCAUGCAGUAUAUCACUGAUACUUAUCAUGGAAGUGUUGUCGCAAGCGCUGCUAGUGCCAACAGUCUGGCACGCUAUGGUUUUGCGGGAGUCUUUCCGCUGUUCACGAUUCAGAUGUAUGAGAAACUGGGUAUUGAUUGGGCUAGCAGUCUUUUGGCCUUCGUUGCGCUGGCCUUGCUGCCAGUUCCGUGGGUGUUGUUCAAAUACGGCCCGAACAUUAGGGCUAAGAGCGCUUAUGAGACCGUCAAGUUCAAUUAA